AUUGCAUGGCCAGCCUUCAAGAUGGUGCCGGAGAAAGACAAGAAGCCUAAGAAAUCAACCUGGAAGUUUAGUUUGGAUCUUACUCAUCCAGGAGAAGAUGGAAUUUUUGAUUCUGGAAAUUCUGAACAGUUUCUACGUGAGAAAGUUAAAGUUUUUCCAGGAAAAACUGGAAAUCUUGGGAAUGUUGUUCACAUUAAAGCCUUCAAGAAUAAAAUCAUGGUUGUUUCUGAGGAACAAUUCUCUAAAAGGUAUUUGAAAUAUCCUACCAAGAAAUACCUUAAAAAGAACAAUCUUGGUGAUCAGCUUCGGGGGUUGCAUCUGUUGAGGAGACUUAACGAACUUCGCUACUUCCAGAUUAGUCAAGAUGAAGAUGGACCUGAGUCUGAGGGGCAGUGA